AUGGCUGUCAGGGACUGGGGUUGGGAGGGAGCAGAACCUGCCCGAAUAUCACAUACCCUUCCAACGGCAACCAUCGUCGAAAAAUUCGGGAAGCUCACAGCAAACCUCGCCCACACAAACACUGGAGACCACAACCCCCCGUCCUCGUCAAGACCGGAGGCUGCCGCUGCCGAUGAAUCCCACCGAUCCCCACCACCAGAGACCGACCGGACCCAGACACGAGCUUGCUGCGAGAAGCCCGACCCCAACAAGCUGCCCAAGCAGCGCUCGGAGCCGGCGACCAUGGAAAGCCAGCGACUCGCCGGACACCCCCAACCCACUGCCAAAACCACCAGGAACUCAGAGAGAGGGCCCAUCAAGACGCCAAUCCACCACGGCCGAACUGAAUUGGGUUGA